UCCACCCCCUCUGCAAUUUCCGGACUUUUUACAUCAGCAAUUAUGGUCUCUUCCUCACUUUGAUCAUUUCCAAAGCCUCUCAUUAGCUCCAUCUCAGCACCCCACAAAAAAAAAAAAAAUGCAUUUCAAUGUCCUCUCAAUUACCAUCCCUCUCUGCUUGUUACUCAAUCAAAUUCAUUUUUCUGUUGCCACCACCAAAUCAUCUGUUCUUUAUCACCCAAUUAACAACAUCGCCGUUAACUGCGCCUCCUCUGGCAACUCUACUGCAGUAGAUGGCCGGCAAUGGACGGGAGAUAUCGGUUCGAAUUACGCCCCUUUAUUACAUAGUAACAAAGGAAAAUUGAUUAGCUCAAAAGCCACUAGCCCACCACUUUCUCCUGAUCCAGUGCCUUAUAGGUCAGCCCGGCUCUCCCGAUGGCCUUUCACAUAUGCAUUUCGAGUCUCACCAGGCCAAAAAUUUAUCCGCCUACAUUUCUAUCCAGCAACAUACCGGGGUGGUUUUAAACGGUCUCAGGCCUUUUUUACGGUAAAAGCUGGUCCAUAUACCCUUCUUAGCAACUUUAGUGCUUCCCUUACAGUUGAUGCUUUAGGCUUGGACUCUCUUGUUAAAGAGUAUUGUGUGAAUGUGGAAGAAAAUCAGCCACUGAUCAUAUCAUUCUCUCCCUCAUUAGGUGGUUCUUCUGAUGAGGCAUAUGCUUUUGUCAAUGGGAUCGAAAUCGUCUCGAUGCCGGCUGGACUUUAUCAUACACAAGAAGGUGAUGCAGGUGCACAUGUUGUCGGCCAGAAUUUUCGACUCCCAAUUGAUAAAAGCAUUGCACUUGAGAUGGUGCAACGGUUAAAUGUUGGUGGAACAGCCAUCUCAUCCAUAGAAGAUACAGGUUUGUUUCGUGAUUGGUCUCAGGACUCAAAUUUUUUGAUGGAAACAUCAUAUGUCCAGCCAGUUACUACCACCCUUCGAAUCAAAUACACAAGUAUACCAUCAUACACUGCUCCUCAGAAAGUUUACCAAACAUCAUGGUCAAUGGCUACAGACAGGCAACGGAACGGUAACUUCAAUUUUACGUGGAAGUUGCCUAUUGAUUUUGGAUUCAGGUACCUUCUUAGGUUACAUUUUUGUGACUUUGAAUACGAAAUAGAAGAGCGUGACCGCACAAAAUUUAGUGUCUUCUUUGAUGAACACGUUGCUGAAGCUAAAGCAGAUAUUAACAAAUGGAAUGGUGGAAACAGGGUUGCUGUCUAUAGGGACUAUGUGGUGAGGAUUGAAGGAGAUAGGAUGGAGGUAAAACACGAUUUGCUCAUAGCAUACUUCCCUCACAACCAUGAAUGGAUUGAAGACAUUGAUACAGUUCUAAAGGGGUUAGAGGUAUUCAAGCUAAGCAACCCUGACAAAAAUCUUGCUGGUAUGAACCCGGUGCCACUGUCAUGCGCUUCGACAUCUAGUAACACAAAACCCCAUAAGUUUGUGUAUGCUUCCGGUGGUAAUGCCCUUGCAACAGUUUUGGUAAUAUUACUUACCGUUACGAAUAUUAGUGUUUACAUGUUACGUGUUUUGGUUGAGAAAUUUGGUGAAAAGAACAUCUCACCAUUACCGCCUGAAGGGUUGUGUCGUCGCUUCUCACUUUCUGAGGUCCUCUUAGUGACCAACAACUUCAGUCAUGAAUUUUUCAUUGGAAGUGGUGGAUUUGGUAAUGUCUACAAGGCGCACAUCGACGAUCGAACAACUACUGUUGCCAUUAAGAGGUUGAAUUCGAAGUCUAAGCAAGGGGCAAAUGAGUUUCGGACAGAGAUUGAGAUGCUUUCUAACCUUCGGCAUACGCAUCUCGUGAGUCUUAUAGGCUAUUGUGAUGAACGACAGGAGAUGAUCCUUGUUUACGAGUACAUGGAGCAUGGUACACUUGCUGAUCAUAUUUAUAAGCAUUAUACUUUUGGUAAUGGCACUAUUUGUCAUCUGUCAUGGGAUCAAAGGAUGAAAGUUUGCAUUGGUGCUGCUCGUGGACUGGAUUACCUCCAUACAGGUACUCGAUGUGGUAUCAUACACCGUGAUAUUAAGACGACAAAUAUUCUUCUGGACAAGGAUUGGGUUGCCAAGAUUUCAGAUUAUGGGUUGUGCAAAGAAGGCACUACAAGCCAUUCACACAGUCAUGUUAGCACUGAUGUUAAAGGAACGCUUGGUUACUUGGAUCCAGAAUAUUUCUUAACCCUUAGACUAACUAAGAAAUCAGAUGUCUAUGCAUUUGGUGUCGUGUUGUUAGAAGUGCUUUGUGGGAGGCCAGCCGUGGAUUUAAGUUUGGAGGAGGAGCAACGCAGUCUAGCUUGGUGGGCUCAAGAAUGUAUCAAAGAGGAAAAGUAUGAUCAACUUAUUGACCCCAGUUUGAGGGACCAAAUCUCGCCACAGUGUUUGAAGGUCUUUACAGAAGUUGCUAAUAAAUGCUUGCAUAAGCAUCCAAGUGGACGGCCUACCAUGACUGAUGUCGUGGCGAGCCUCGAGUGCAUGUUGGCUUCACAUGAGCAACCCAAAAAUGCUUUCACAGAGGAGGAGGAGCAAGAGAAAGGGGAGGAAGAGGAGGAGGAUGUCAAUGUUCAUGGGGAUCCCAACCAACUGAUUUAUUACAAUGACAUGAACAAACAGCAAACUGAAAUUUUUCCACAAGGUAAUGUUGCAUCCUCAUCCACUCCGAUGCAGCUUAAUGAUGAUACCCAACGCCAGAAGAGAUCGAGGAAAAAUCUGUUUGACCCUUGUUUGAUGGACCAAAUCUCGCCACAGUGUUUGAAGGUCUUUACAGAAGUUGCUAAUAAAUGCUUGCAUGAGCAUCCAAGUGGACGGCCUACCAUGAUUGAUGUCAUGGCGACUCUCGAGUGCAUGUUGGCUUCACAGGAGCAACCCAGAAAUGCUUGCACAGAGGAGGAGGAGGAAGAGAAAUGGGAGGAGGAUGUCAAUGUUCAUGGGGAU